UUAGUGAAAGACGAGAGUUUUAGGAAAAUGUUAUUAGAAAAGUGGGAAGUAUUUACAUUUUGUGCGGUUUUUGUCAGUCAAUUUUUCUAACGUUGGUGCAACUGAACGCCGGGAAUUGUUUUUGAAUUUUCUUUAGUUUUAACAUAAUUUAGUGAGAAAAAUUGGUGAAAAACUACGAGAGCUUUAGGAAAAUGGUAAAUAAGACUCAGGUUAUUAGAAAAGUGGGAAGUUUUUAUUUUGUGUCAAUUUUUCUGACGUUGGUGUGACUGUGAACGCCGGCAAUUGUUUUUGAAUUUCCAUCACUUCUUGCGUCUUUCAACACACUUAAGUGAGGAAAAUUAGUGAAAAACAACGAAGAAAAUGACAAAUAACAUUCAGUCGAUUUUGGCGUACAAUGGGGGCGCCAUGGUGGCCAUGAAAGGCGACAAAUGCGUCUCGAUCGCCUCCGACAAACGUUUCGGCAUCCAAGCCCAGACAAUCGCCACCAAUUUCCAGAAAAUCUUCGAAAUGGGGCCCCACCUCUACGUCGGCUUGCCGGGCCUCGCCACUGACACCCAAACCGUGAUGGAGAAACUCCGCUUCAGGAAAAACCUCUACGAAUUGAAAGAAAACCGUCUCAUGUCCCCGAAAGUUUUCAGUGCGAUGCUCUCAAAUAUGUUGUAUGAAAAUCGAUUUGGGCCGUUUUUCGUCGAACCAAUUGUCGCAGGCUUGGACCCUGGCACCUACGAGCCGUACAUUUGCAACAUGGACUUGAUUGGGUGUCCAAAUCAACCGGACGAUUUCGUUGUGGGGGGCACCGCCUCGAGCCAACUUUUCGGCAUGUGCGAGUCGCUGUGGGAGCCCAAUUUGGGGCCCGAUGAGCUGUUCGAGACCACGUCGCAGGCGCUGAUCAACGCGUUUGACCGGGAUGCCAUCUCGGGGUGGGGGGCUGUGGUUUAUAUAAUUGAGAAGGAUAAGGUGACUGUGAGGGAUUUGAAGACGCGGAUGGAUUAAUUUUAUUGUAUUUUGUAUUUUUUAAGCGGAGAAAAUCUAAUAAAAUUAAAAAAAAAAGA